AUGGAGACCCAUCAAAGUGCAACAACCUACGAGAAUUUGCCCCCUCACAGCAUUCGACUGUUGCGACUUGAUACAUCUGCCUCAGAGUCCAUUGUUGGAAGUCUCCACGUGGUCGACCUCGACACAGCACCCUCGUAUUACGCUGUCAGCCACUGCUGGGGCAAUCAAAGCCAAACCAUACCAAUUCUGAUAGGGGCCAAAAAGUUCCUUGUAUGUCCUGAUCUUGCAGCUGGCAUUCGUCGGCUUCGAGAGCUUUCAACCGAAACUUCGCAACUUGUCCCUCCCGUCCAGUAUGUAUGGAUCGAUAAUAUCUGCAUCAACCAGCAAGACGUGUACGAGCGUUCACGCCAGUUGCGGUACAUGGGCGAUAUCUAUUCGCGAUCUGUCAGAACUCUCAUUUGGUUAGGACCUUCAUCGGCAACCUCUGCUUCAGCUUGGGAAUUAGUCCAAACCCUUUACACCCUUUUCAAAGAGCAAUAUGAGGAGGUGGUGGACCUGGACAAUGUCGCAGUCAAAAUGUUCUCCGACAAAUCCCAUUCAGCCAACAGGCUUGCCGGAAUGGAAACCUUGCAAUGGCUGUAUCUGAAGGAAAUAUUCCAGAUACCGUGGUUCUCAAGAAUCUGGGUCGUGCAAGAAGUCGUGCUGUCGCGCAAAGAUCCUAUGAUCCUCCAUGGGCAUUAUGCCAUUCCAUGGCAGCGUCUUGAAGGGGCUGCAUACUGGCUUCGCCGCAACGGCUAUGUUCGGUUGACCCAAACAGCCGAGGAAAUUCUGAACGUAGACGUGAUAGGCCUGCUGAGACGGUCCCAGGUGAGGUGGCCCCUGGACGCUUUGCUAUCUGUCACUCAAAUGAAGUUCCAUGCCUCGGACCAAAGAGACAAGAUCUACGGCUUAUAUGGUCUGGCAGCAGAGACCCACGACUCCUCAAAGCAGCCUGCCGAAUUGGUUGUUGAUUAUACUCUCGACGUGGCACAGACGUAUCGUAGGGUUGCGCAUUAUCUGCUUCAACAUAACAAAUCCCUCGCGGUCCUCACACGCAUACGCGGCACCCAGGAGAGUUUGAGCCGAACCAGUCGACAAUAUGACUUCGCAGACUUUCCCUCAUGGCUUCCAGAUUGGAGUGAUUUUAGUGUCUAUGGUCGAGAUAUCCGGAGAAGCUUUUCGUGGGUCUACAGUUCUGAUAGCACAAAGACCCCAAGCUUAGGCUAUCCUGAGCAUUAUAAUGCUUCUGCUGGGUUACCCACGGAACUGCAUCAAUCGUCCAACGACUCUAUACUUCGGAUUAGCGGCAUGAGAGUUGACGUGAUCAGUCAGGUGAUUCCAUUGAACAGGGCGCUAGAUGGUGACGAAUCUAAUCAGGCCUUUACAUCAAACAUCAGAGACGUUUGUGAGGCAGUGUUGCCGAUGUCAGCAGGCAAAGACAUGAUUGACUGGACGGAGGCGCUGAUCAAGACAAUCAGCGCUGAACAACACAAUUCUGCUGGAUACAGUUGGCAGCAGUUUUCGAAAGAUGGGCUAGCUUACCUCUUCGAGCUGCUGUCGAGCAAAGAGAGUCAAAUGUCCCCCACUGUGAUGGAGAGCAUCAGCGUGAAAACAUUGGAAGUUCUACAGCAGAAAUCGCUUGACGGGAAACCAUUGAGUUUCGCUGCAAUCGCGCAAAAUUUCUGUUUCAAUAGGUCAUUUAUAAUCACCUCCGCCGGGCGCAUGGGGCUAGGACCAUCAGACUCCCGCCUUGGGGAUAUUAUUGCAAUCAUUCCAGGCAGUGGAGUUCCCCUUAUCAUGAGGCGUCUUUCCAAUGAUCCUCACUGGUUGUUAGUCGGAGAGUCUUACGUUCAAGGACUAAUGAACGGGGAGGCGAUAAAUCAUUCAGAGGUCGGGGAUUUUAAAAGGGAGAUAUUAGCAUUCAAAUAA